AUGUCGAAAUCUAAGACACGUACCCCAGAGAUACCAAUGACACAAUCGUGGGGUCGCAAAACAGAAGCUACGAGACUAAAUACACUAGGGUCCCUUUCCGUCAUCGUCUCAGCACCAAUUCUCUUGGUACUCAACGACAACGCUUUAUCUCACUUCGACGGAUCGCUCAAACGUGCCAUCCAGUACCUCUCAAGAGGUGUUUUUCAAAAUGGCCUACUUCCCAACCUGGAAUCUGUACUUCACCUACCAAGUUGGACGGGCACUCUUGUCUAUACAGUUUGGGUUCUUUUCCAAGCCGCUCUUUAUAUUUUGCUCCCAGGGAAGACGGGAUAUGGCCAACCAACUCCAGCAGGAAAUAUUCAUCCGUACAAAACAAAUGGAAUAUUGGUUUAUCUUAUAACACAAAUCACUUUUUAUGUUUCUAUAUGGUAGCUGGUUUUGAUAGCCUGGAAAUCAUUGCAAAUAACCGGUACGAUCUGGCUUCUGCCGCUUCAGCGUAUGGUUUCCUCAUAUCUUUCAUCUGCCAAAUAAAAGCACACUUGUGGCCGUCUCCUCAAGGAGAGCCAAAUUUCAGUGGUGAGCUACUUUUACAAACAAUUGAAGAAGAACCCUAAUUCUUCUUAGGCAAUUUCAUUCACGACUUCUUCGUCGGAAUCGAACUCAAUCCCCGUAUUGGUAAACUUUUUGAUCUAAAGUGCUUCCAUAUUGGCAGGAUAGGGAUGCUUUCAUGGCCUUUGACGUGACCAACCCCAGUGCUCAAAUUCCAGGUUUCAUGCUAACAAAAUAAAUAGCAAUCUCUCCUUCUUUGCUCUGCAAUACAAAACAUGGGGCCAUGUCGCGAACUCUAUCCUAAUCACAAACUUCCUCCAAUUUAUCUUCAUCAUCGACCUUUUCAUCAACGAAGACUGGUAUAUUCGCACAAUGGACAUUGCACACGAUCACUUUGGAUUCAGUUUUGCGUGGGGCUCAAGCGUUUUCCUUCCAGCUUUUUACACUAUCCAAAUUCAAUAUUUGGCACAACAUCCAAUAACCUUGUCUACUACGAACGCUUUUUUUAUUCUGGCCCUGGGUUUGAUCGGGUUUACAAUCUUCCGCGGAACCAACCACCAAAAAGAUAUUGUAAAGAAACGGGACGAAAGCAAGGACUUCUUUUGA